ACCGAUGUUAUGUUAAAAAGGCCUGCCAUACUGUGUGGGCUUUCGCCAUGUAACCGGGCCAAUCAGCGAACAGAAAAAGAAAUUGUGCAUGAUGACGUUUAUUUUCUGCGCUGUAGUCUGCCUGUAGUUUUAACGAUGGCAGUGGCGCAAGUGAAAGAAGCCGUUCAGUCCGUCGUUAGCCACGCUUCCAAAUGUUGAAUUAGCAUUAAACAACCACCUCGUUCGGAUCGGUUCUUCUCUCCUCACAGUGGAGGAUGGUUGUUUACAGCGCAGGCAACUUACGGUCAGAUUAACUAUGACUAAGAAACAUGUCCGUUAAAGAAGACAAUGAAGGGAAAUCGAGCUUUCACCACACCGAUUUGUACGGCAGCAUCCCUCCAACAUGUCUGCCCAUCGUGUACCACCCUGACUAUAACAUCACGUUCAUGGGCCUGGAAAAGCUCCACCCAUUUGACUCAGGAAAGUGGGGGAAAGUCAUCCGCUUCCUGAAAGAGGAGCAGUUCGUCACCGAUGGGAACAUUGUGGAAGCCCGUGAAGCUUCAGAGGAGGAUCUGCUGGUGGUCCACACGAAGCGUUACCUCUGUAGUUUAAAGUGGUCUUUUGUGGUGGCAACUAUCACUGAAAUCCCACCCCUGGUGAUUUUACCCAACUGUCUGGUUCAGCAGAAGGUGCUGAGACCUUUACGGACCCAAACAGGAGGAACAAUAAUGGCUGGGAAGCUGGCUGUAGAGCGAGGAUGGGCCAUAAAUGUAGGGGGAGGCUUCCAUCACUGCUCCGGUGACAAGGGAGGCGGCUUCUGUGCCUACGCUGACAUCACACUGGCCAUCAAGUUUCUCUUUGAGAGAGUGGAAGGCGUCUCCAGAGCCACCAUCAUUGACCUUGACGCUCAUCAAGGAAAUGGACACGAGCGAGACUUUUUGGGCGACACCAGAGUGUUCAUAAUGGACAUGUACAAUCACAACAUCUAUCCCGGGGACGGAUUUGCCAAACGAGCCAUAAAGAGAAAGGUGGAGCUAGACUGGGGCACUGAAGACUCAGAGUACCUCCAGAAGGUGGAGCUUCACUCUGAGGGGGCGCUGAACGAGGUUCGUCCUGAUAUCAUCGUCUAUAAUGCAGGGACAGACAUCUUGGACGGGGAUCCCCUCGGAGGCCUCUCCAUAUCUCCACAGGGCAUUGUUAAAAGGGACGAGAUUGUGUUCAGGGCCGCAAAGCAACGAGGUAUUCCCAUCCUGAUGGUGACGUCAGGAGGGUACCAGAAGAAAACGGCGCGGAUUAUCGCUGACUCCAUUCUUAAUUUACGUCAGCAGGGUCUGAUUGGAGCCAAAGCUACGGAGAGGGAGGGAUUGACACAACUGGUGACCGACUUGACCCAAAGCUCUGGUUCUGCAGCAUCAGCACACACUGCUGUGUGAGGACGGGUGGCCUAUAAGCUAACACUCUUGAAAAUGCACUGAUUUAACUUUA